AUGUUGAUGUUUGAUGCUGCCUUGCAAAUCCAAGAUCUGGAAGAUGAGGAUUCACAAUGGGGUGGUUCUUCAGAAGGUUGUUCGUAUACUGCCAGAAACAGAGAGAUCAUGGAUCAACUUCUGAAAGCUCUAUACUUCACGAAUCCAUGCAGGAUGAUGCACGAUGUGGCCAACUACGAUCCAUACUUUGUUCAAAGAAGAGAUGCGACUGGGAGAGUCGGCCUAUCCACUGAACAAAAGCUUACAUGCGCCAUGAGACAACUUGCAUAUGGGGUCACAGCCGACUUCUUUGAUGAUUACAUGGAUAUUGCAGAAUCCACUGCCAUCGAGAUUUUAGAACACUUCACCAGAGCAAUAUGGAAUGUGUACCAUGAGCAUUACCUCCGCCGACCAACACCGACAGAUCUGCGACGGCUUCUCGACAAGACAACAGAAAGAGGAUUUUCGGGAAUGAUUGGGAGUCUCGAUUGUAUGCACUGGCAGUGGAAAAAUUGUCCCACUGGAUGGGGAGGGCAGUAUACUGGCUAUAAGGGGAAACCAACAAUCAUCUUGGAGGCAGUGGCAUCCUAUGAUACUUGGAUUUGGCACGCCUUCUUCGGCCUUCCAGGUUCCCUAAAUGAUAUUAAUGUCCUUGGACAGUCACUUUUGUUUAAUGAUGUGUCUCGUGGUGAAACUCCUCAGGAUGUCGCAGACAAAACAUUUCACAAGGAUGCCAUCAACAAGCAUACAGAAAAGAUGUGGAGAGAGCUUUUGGUAUUCUUCAAGCUUCAAGCUCGUUGGGCAAUCAUAAGAGGGCCAGCUCGUGGAUGGAGCAAGGAGAAUCUUCAGUUCAUCAUGAUGACGUGCAUUAUCUUGCAUAAUAUGAUUGUUGAAGAUGAGCAUGAUGAAGAUGCAGCUGAGCCAUUUGAUCCAAAUGACAUUCCCACCAUACCAAAAAAGGCACAUAUAUAUGACAGAAUCCCUGAUCAAGACACCUCUGUUCAUCGCAAUCCGAACCGGCUAAAUCAAUUCAUGUGUCGCUAUAGGGAGGUAAGAUGUCCAGUGAUGAAUAAAAACCUCCAAGAUGAUCUAGUUGAUCACCUGUGGAGCAUGAAGCUGCAAGCUGAUGAGAAUGACCAGUGA